GGCGCCCCACCCCACACCCCUUGCUAAAAUCUCGUGCCGUCGGGCGACGAUAGCACCAGACUACGAAGUCCAAAUCCGCAUUUACCAGCUCUCCACUCCCAACUCCCGGUGAUCUCAUCCCACCACGGCCACCGCAUCGCUCGCGUGAUUCACGACACAAUCCCUCCUCCGGAUUGAAGCUUCUCAGGCCGGGGAGCUCUAAACCCUAGUGGCAGCGGAGGGCGCUGCAGCCGACGAGCCCCGUCGGAGCCAGAUCGCGGCCGCCGUUGCUGGUGAUGGAGAGCCCCGCGAAGGAGGAGGUCGGCGGGGAGCUGGCGAUGGAGAUCGAGUCGAGCGUCACCGCGGAGGACUGGCGCCGCGCGCUCUCCCGCGUGGUUCCCGCUGUUGCCGUCCUCCGCACCACCGCACCGCGGGCCUUCGACACCGAGGUCGCUGGCGCUAGCUACGCUACCGGCUUCGUCGUCGACAAGUCCCGCGGCAUCAUCCUCACCAACCGCCACGUCGUCAAGCCUGGGCCUGUGGUCGCGGAGGCGAUGUUUGUGAACAGGGAGGAGAUCCCUGUGUACCCCCUGUACAGAGAUCCUGUACAUGAUUUUGGUUUUUUUCGCUAUGAUCCAGGUGCCAUAAAAUUCCUUAAGUACGAUGAGAUCCCUCUAGACCCUGAAGCAGCAUCUGUCGGGCUAGAAAUUCGUGUUGUCGGCAAUGACAGUGGCGAAAAGGUUUCAAUUUUGGCGGGAACACUUGCUCGACUUGAUAGAGAAGCGCCUUACUACAAGAAGGAUGGGUAUAAUGAUUUCAACACAUUCUACAUGCAGGCUGCAUCUGGUACUAAAGGUGGCUCUAGUGGUUCCCCAGUUGUUGAUUGCCAAGGAAGAGCUGUUGCCCUGAAUGCUGGAAGCAAAUCUUCCAGUGCUUCUGCGUUUUUCCUUCCAUUAGACCGUGUUGUUAGGGCACUCAAUCUGAUUCGUGAUUGUUGGGAUGGAUUCGGUAUCAAGCCAGAAUCUGUUUAUAUUCCUCGUGGUACACUCCAGGUGACCUUUCAACACAAAGGAUUUGAAGAAACUCGACGUCUGGGACUCAGGAAUGAAACAGAGCAGAUGGUACGAGUUGUUUCUCCAGCAGGCGAGACUGGGAUGCUGGUUGUUGAUUCUGUGGUUCCGGAAGGACCUGCACAUAAACAUUUGGAACCUGGUGAUGUGCUAGUUCGCAUGAAUGGGGAGGUUGUAACACAGUUUCUCACAAUGGAGACUUUACUUGAUGACAGUGUCGGCAGGGAGAUAGAUUUGCAGAUUGAAAGAGGUGGAGCGCCUUUAACAGUAAAGCUGGAGGUUGAGGAUUUGCACUCUAUAACUCCAAAUCAUUUCUUGGAAGUCAGUGGUGCUGUCAUCCAUCCACUUUCAUACCAGCAGGCUAGAAACUUCCGUUUCAAAUGUGGUCUCGUAUAUGUUGCUGAGGCAGGGUACAUGCUCUCUCGGGCAUCAGUUCCACGCCAUUCCAUUAUAAAAAAGUUUGCUGGAGAGGAUAUUGAAAAAUUAGAUGACCUUAUUGCAGUCAUUUCAAAGCUGUCUAGGGGAGCACGAGUUCCUCUCGAAUAUGUGAAAUACACUGACCGUUAUCGUAAUAAGUCUGUACUGGUUACAGUUGAUCAGCACGGAUGGUAUGCUCCUCCUCAGUUAUAUACUCGAAAUGACGCAACUGGUCUGUGGACUGCAAAAUCAGCUAUACCACUCGACUCUCCGUUUGUAGUUUCAGCUCAUCGCAGUCAUCUGGAUGUUAACUCAAAUUCUGUUUCACCUUUGGCUGAACCUAGUCCUAUGGACCUCAAAUGCCAGCAUGAAUCUGAAAAUUCGGCAGAUGGAUGCAUAAAAAUGCAAACAGAUGAUGAGAUUGGCAUGGAUGGAUCCCACUCUGGUGAAGAUUCCCUCGUUGAGAAAAAAAGGCGCCGGGUUGAUGAGGAUAUAGCUGUUGAGGGAACUAUAUCAUCUUAUGGAGAUUUAGAUGACACAAAAGGUGGUGCUUUGAGGCAUCCUUCCAGUGUGGAAGGCUCUGAUCUUGCUAGGACAAUAUCCAGUAAUGCAUCAUUGGCAGAACAAGUAAUUGAACCAGCUCUGGUAAUGUUUGAGGUGCAUGUGCCACCAAUAUGCAUGCUUGAUGGAGUGCAUUCUCAACAUUUCUUUGGAACCGGUGUGAUAAUUCAUCAUUCCGACUCUCUAGGCCUGGUUGCUGUCGAUAGAAAUACAGUUGCUGUAUCUAUCUCUGAUAUAAUGCUUUCUUUUGCUGCAUAUCCCAUUGAAAUACCUGCAGAAGUUGUUUUUCUGCAUCCUGUUCAUAAUUUUGCAUUAGUUGCUUAUGAUCCUUCUGCACUGGGAGCUGGGGCAUCUGUUAUUCGAGCUGCUAAGCUUCUUCCUGAACCUGCCUUGCGCCGAGGAGAUUCCGUCUACCUAGUUGGGCUGAGUAGAAGCUUACAGGCUACAUCAAGGAAAUCAACCAUAACUAAUCCUUGCACAGCUGUUAAUAUUGGCUCAGCUGACUGCCCACGAUAUCGUGCAAUAAAUAUGGAGGUCAUUGAGCUCGAUACUGAUUUUGGUAGCUCAUUUUCGGGUAUAUUGACGGAUGAGCAGGGAAGAGUUCAAGCAUUAUGGGCGAGCUUUUCCACCCAGGAGCAUGUAGUGAAAAGAAAAAAGAAAAGAACAAAACGGCGGCUUACACGCAAGCUCAAAUAUGGCUGUAGCACUUCAGAGGACCAUCAGUUUGUUAGGGGUAUACCAAUAUAUGCAAUAAGUCAAGUCCUUCAGAAGAUAAUCUCUGGCACUCCUGGACCAUUUCGUCUUAUCAAUGGAAUCAGGAGACCGAUGCCGUUUGUCAGACUUCUGGAGGUGGAACUUUAUCCAACUUUGCUCUCCAAGGCAAGAAGUUAUGGAUUGAGUGAUAACUGGGUGCAGGCUCUUGCUAAGAAGGACCCGGUGCGAAGACAAGUUUUGCGGGUCAAAGGUUGUUUGGCUGGAUCAAAAGCGGAAAAUCUUCUGGAACAGGGUGAUAUGAUUCUUGCUAUCAAUAAGGAACCAAUUACUUGCUUCCUUGACAUCGAGAAUGCUUGCCAAAAGUUGGACCGGUCCAUCGAUUCAGAUGGAGUGCUUAACAUGACAAUAUUCCGUCAGGGAAAAGAAAUCGACCUCAUUGUUGGAACAGAUGUAAGGGAUGGUAAUGGUUCAACACGGAUGGUGAAUUGGUGUGGAUGCAUAAUUCAGGAUCCGCAUUCAGCAGUGCGUGCACUUGGUUUUUUGCCUGAGGAAGGUCAUGGAGUUUAUGUUGCUAGAUGGUGUCAUGGAAGUCCCGUACACAGAUAUGGUCUCUAUGCUCUCCAGUGGAUAGUUGAAGUUAAUGGGCAACCAACUCCAGAUCUGGAGUCCUUUAUACAGGUGGUGAAGGGAUUGGAAAAUGGUGAAUUUGUUAGGGUGAGGACCGUCCACUUGAAUGGAAAACCUCGCGUGCUUACUCUGAAACAAGACCUUCACUACUGGCCAACCUGGCAGCUCACUUUUGAACCGGAGACUGACACAUGGCAGAGGAGAACAAUAAAAGCGCUGCAACCAACUGCAGCUUGAUUUCUUAUGCUGUGUUGUGAUAGUUUCGUUGUGUCUUCUGUAGGAAGGCUAAGCAUGAAUGUGAGGAAAUCGGAAAUGUAGGUGAGCUAACAUCCUGCAUAAAGCAGGGUGAACGGUGGGCAUUAGGUUAUAGCAUGAUUAAUUCAUAGAUAUCAUAUGGAUUUCAUUGCCUGUGGAUAAUUGGGAUUGCUGGAUGUGCCUUUUGUAUACCUAUUGUUACAUUUUUAUUCUUCUGUAGAAGCAGUAAACAAUCAGCUUUCUAGCCUCACUACACCCUUCUUUUUGUGAA